UCAUAACCUAGCCAUCCUCAAGCCAGAACAAACAGGCGAAGAAAUAGCUAGCCAGAAUGGAAAAUACAAAAAGCGAAUCAUACUUUGUUUUCAUGAAUUAUGAUCCUCAAUACGCUCGCCUUCGAUCUGAUCGAAAGAAAGGGACGUCAAAUGAGCUUGAUCUGUAUCUAAGCCGGAAGCAUGAUGAGCUAUUGGAAAGCACCCUUGAACCAGGAACUUACAGGAAGACAUUGUCUCUGGUUAUUGUUGAUGGCUUUGCUGUGGAAAUUACUGAGGACCAGGCAAGUAAGCUUAGAUCUGCAAAGGAAGUGAGAUUGGUGGAGAAAAAUCAAGAGAUUGCUUAACAAAGGGAAAGGCCAAGUUAAGUAGAGAUUAGUAGAGAUCCUUGUGAAUGUGAAAUGAUUCGUACGAGUUUAAAUGCUGGUAAUUUGUAUCAAGUAAGAUUUGUAUGAGAAGAGUUUAUUUAUGGGUUUGCUAUUAUAAUACCAUAUAAUAUUGUAGUCUAAAGAUGUUUAUGGGUUCACUCUCUCCUCUAUGUGUUAUGACGUAUGAGAGGUAGUAGUAUUCAUCCCGGAUUCUAACAAAGCAAUGAGUUUCCGAUCACCUAUACAUAUGAUAAUUUCUUCUUUCUCAUUGCUA